GAGAUGGCAGCAACGCAAGGUCCUUAAGUCAAGGCCGCUCCGUCGAGCAGUGUUUUAGUUCCUGCUUAUCAACUAUUUACCAAGCAAUGACGCCUACUGCUGCAUCUCCGUAUCCUACUGAUACGCUGGGGUUGAGAACAAAUCGCGCAUGUCGAAAUUGCGUUCAGAUCAAGGCAAAAUGUGUUCCAGUGCCGGGAUCCAACAGUUCCACUUGCCAAAGAUGUCAUCGUUUGGACAAAGUCUGCACGACUCCUGCUCCUGUCCCUCGCCACCGGGGUCGAAAUAAAUCAAACCGAGUGGCUCAACUAGAGGAGAGAAUUAACAACCUUACCAGUCUUCUCACCAGCACCAAGCCUGCUGAUGAGGUACCCAACCAGCCAUCGAGUCACGCACAGCAGUCUAUGCUGACACCGCCCGUGUCGAUAAUACACGAUCCAGACCAGCCCUCUUGUCAAAGCAGCUCACAUGCUAAGAGUGCAUGUAGACCUCCUCCUGGGAACAGUGCCAGCAAUGACGCAGAUAAAACGACGCACUUUCGCACCCGAUUGCCACCCGCCAUCGAAGAAAGGCUGUUCAGCGACUUUCGGACCUACAUGAACGGAUACUUCCCUUAUGUGAUCAUUCCUCCACAGGUAUCAAGUGCAUCUGUCCGAGAGGAGAAACCUUUUCUCUUCAGAACGUGCAUAGCUGUGGCUUGUCAUGUCGACCCUCCCGUGCAACGACAACUAGGCGAGGAGCUGUUUCGGCACAUUGGAGAAAGUAUGUUGCUCAAGGCAGAGAAGUCACUAGAUCUCUUGCAAGGAAUCUUGGUGCUUAUUUCAUGGUAUCAAUGCUAUAAUUUCUACAACCCGCAAUGGAUGAACCUGCUUCAUCUCGCCUCUGCAUUGGCGAUUGACCUAGGCAUUAACCGACCCAAUCACUCGGGGCCGUGGCCUCCUGUAGGAAUGGUGGUCGACACAAAUCAACUCAUACACGGCAAAUCCGUCAACCAUGGAUGCAAAACGUCCGACGAACGCCGAGCACUUUUGGGAGUCUAUUACCUGACUGCGGAGCUUGCAGCCUGCUUUAGGAGGGUAGACUCCAUGCAAUGGACGCACCACUUGGAAGAUUGUUGUAACGCUCUACUAGCCGCCGACGAAUAUGCUUCCGAUAUAGAGGCUGUUCAAAUGGUUCGCCUGCAUCGAAUGGUAGGGCGAUACCACGACGGGAGCGUACCUUUGGAAAACGUACCAAUCAGUACUUACUCAAGAUGUGUUCAAGACGAUUUCCAACGAUUCAGAAAAGACCUGCCAGCUGGUCUUGAAGGAAGCACUCGUUUCGAGUUGCAUGUGCUAAGUCACGAAAUCAGCUCUCUUGAGCACAUAAUGUCUUCGGGAGUGGACACGGCACUCGCCCGAGCAGGAGCUCUAUACACUUGUUUGAAGCGUGUCGGUAACCUGAUCGACUGUUUCACGAAAUUCCCCGCCACCCGACUCCAGUACAUACCAUUCAUGAUCUGGAUUCACCUUUUGCACGCCAUUAUUGUGAUUGCGAAACUGUCAUUUCUCGAGGCGGAGGGCUGGGAUUUGCAGUAUGUUCGAACUUCGGAGACGAGCUUCCCAGCAACCUGCACCGGCCUGAUUGCUUACCUGGAAGCCGCUUCCCGACAAUGUCAGGGUGAAUCCCAAGUACCAAGUCCCGUAUCCGCUCGUUUCAACAUGAGCGCCGAGAAAUUGCGUCAAUGUCUGAAAUGGUACGAGAACAAGAUCCAAGCAGAAGCUGAAAGUAUGGCGUCCACAGAACCUUGUGUUGUACGUAAUCUUCCACCUUUCGACCCUGCAUUGGAGGGAUUCUUCGAAGGCUUCGAUGAUGGGCUGUGGGCAGACUUUACUGGAGAUUUUGGCAAUACCGGUAUGCAGUUUUGACAACUUUAUGAUCGUGAAUGCCACCAAGCUGCAUCUCUCUUCAAAACUUACAAGAUUACAUCUCAGACGACUAGACAGGAAUGGACAAGUCCAAGAUGUUCAAUCUGCCAGUCAAAAUAUGAGUCACAAUCUGCUUGCACUGAAUAUGCACAAACCUCCCUCCCGAAUGUUUGUCACGUUCUAAGAGGGGUCGUCAACACCCGAGAGAGUCAAUCCCUUGGACAUGGACGCGCUCAUAGAGUGCAUUUGCGAUCUCAAGGA